AUGGACGUUGCUGCAUAUAAAAGAACCCACAGGUCAAUGGUUCGUCGAAAGUUUAGAGAAAAGUUAGUUGAGCAUCUAGGGUUACUUGGUUAUGCAGUUAUAGUUAUAGGUUAUAUGAAAUAUGGUGGGAGUAUAAUAGUAUUUUUUAUGAGAUGUAUGUUACAAUCAGCCCUUGUAACGCCUUUUCCUAAUCACGAACAAAGAAUGAGGGGGUUUAGCAUUGCUGGCACUGUACGAGGGUUCCCUGCUAUGCCUGGAAAUACAAAUCCGAACCCUGUAGUAAGUCAAGAUGAACGUAUGCAAGCACAGGACCUUCAAGACAUAGCGACUGAAUUCUUUUUAAAGAUACAGUGGGUACUUUUCCAUGCAGUAUUUACAUUUAACUGGUUAGUGAUUUUGAGUUGGAUAAUAUGGCCUACUGAUUAUCAGGCUAUGUUGGGAUUUUACAAAUACGAUAAGCAUUCUGAUUUAGCGAAUGCCCCAUCUCCGUUUAAUAAUGACAACUAUUUGAUCCAAGGAGAAUGGAGAGGAACUUGGUUUAUGGAGUUCAUUGGUGAAGCUAUUCCAAGUUCUAAUAAAAAGGGUAAUUUAAUGGCUAUUUGUUACCAGUUCAUGAUACUUAUAUCUCAAUUUGGAUUGUAUAUGCUUUCCUGUAUUUAUUUUUCCCCUUUAAGGGGGAACCAACUUUCAGAGAAUGAUGAGGAUGCGUGCAAUGACGGUGAUGGGUACGAUGGUAGUAUUACGAUAGUGACUGUGGAUCCAGUGGAGGCUGUUAGGGUCGUACAUGGCAUUACAAUAGAUAGUCAAGGGCAUGAGGAAUCUCCGUCGGCAAUGGUUUAA